AUGUCAUUUCCUCACCUUUGGACACCGUCUCUUGAACCUAGGACUGUAGUUCAUUCUUGGUACAGGCAUGCUAUGGUGAACGAAGCAGUCGCUUUGGAUAAAGAGGAGGAGGAGUAUGAAGCUCAAUUACAAGCAGUAAAGAAUAAAUGUAAGCGAACACCUAUUCCUGGUGUUUACAGAUUCAAAUCGGGAGAAAGUUAUUCUGAUGAUGAAAUAGUAGCGGCAGAUGACAUAGCAGAUGAUGACUCAGAAUAUGAUGACGGUGAAGAAGAGGAAGAUGAAGAGGAUGAAGACGAAGAUCUUGAUGACGAUCUUGAAGAUUUUGAUGAAGGCGAGGAUGAAGUUGAAGAAGAAAUUGAGGAUGAGGGUGCAUAUUCUGAUACUGAUGGUAGAUUAAUACUGUUAACACAACCUCGUACUGAAGAACAACCGUCUGACUUCUUGUCACCUGAAAGAGACCCUACUAGGGAUAUAGAAUCAUCCGAACUUGCGGUUUUUCAAGCAAUGGGAGCCGAGGAUUAUAGUAGAGAAGGAUAUUGGUAUUUACAUGUAUCCUCUAUUUUUACUAUUCAUACCUCCCAUUUCUAUAAGAACUGUGAUACAACAUAA